AGAAGAGACCUCACACACAUGUCCAUGUUAAUGUGUGUACUUGAUGAGUGAGAUGUUUUGGUUCCCAGAGGUGAGCAGACGUCCUGGUGUUCAUCACCUACACACUGAUCUCCUCAUCCAGGUAUUCAGAGGUCGUCAACUUCAGCGUAUUUAAGAGACGAGAGUGGAUCAGACUGACUCAUAACACCAUUCUGACUCUCGUUACUGUAGAUCCCUCACCAUGCUGGGUCACGGCCGGAUCUCCCACGUGCUGCUGCUCCUCUGUGCUUUUUCUUUGUGGGCUGAAACUGUGAUGUGUGGCUCCAGCUUCCUCAGUCCAAGUCAAAGACCACCGUUUCAGAAUCGUGGAGACCGAAAGCCACCUCGAGUGGGACGGAGGACUGCAGCUGAACUCGAGCCUCCUCCUCCUUCUGGAGAGAAGAUCAUGGCCAGCGCACCGUUCCAGCUGGCCGUGUCUCUCAGUGAGACCGAGUACGAGGAGUACGGUCCUGUGCUGCACAAGAUGUUAUUGGAUGUCCUGGGUGAUCCACCAGCUUGGGACGGAGCGAACUAACAGCAAAUGAAAGGAUCCUGAUUCUUAACAUUCGUGUUCAUAAUGACUGGAAUGUGAAUAAAAUGAAAAAAUGAA